GUGUCAAAAAGCGUAAACAUUUGAUUCCGUGAAAAAUCUUUAAAUACUACGUGUGCGUGCAAAUUAAAUUUAAAUGAAAAGAGUUUAGUACACAAUGGACCCUUCAGCCAUCGAAAAACCGAAGAUUCAAGCGCCAGAUGUUGCGGUGAAAGCCGUUUUGGUGCCGAGUCAAGAACUCCCAGCCGAAACGCCUAUUGUGACUGGGUACGACUGGGAAAAUGGUACUGACUACAAUAAGCUACUAGAUUCCUACACCACCUCGGGUUUCCAAGCCACCAGCUUCGGCAAGGCUGUUACAGAAAUCAAUAAAAUGCUAAAAUGUCGCUCUAUACCCCUCACCGAAGAAAAAUGCGACGCGUAUGAGGAAGACAGCUUUAUAAAGAAAAAAACAAACUGCACUAUAUUCCUAGGAUACACGAGUAACAUGAUAUCAUCGGGCCUACGCGAUACAAUACGGUUUUUGGUGAGAAAUAAACUCGUAGACUGUGUUGUGACUACCGCGGGUGGAGUCGAGGAAGAUCUUAUAAAAUGUCUCGCUCCAACCUAUGUAGGAGACUUCAACUUGAGUGGCAAAGUACUGAGGACUCGUGGGAUAAAUAGGAUUGGUAAUUUAUUAGUACCAAAUGACAACUACUGUCAGUUUGAGGACUGGGUAACUCCGUUACUCGAUGAAAUGUUAAAUGAGCAAUUUGAGGAUGGCACAGUGUGGUCUCCAUCCAAAAUAAUAGCUCGGCUCGGUGAGAGAAUCAACGAUGAAAGCUCUGUAUGCUACUGGGCUGCUCGGAAUAACAUUCCAAUAUUUAGUCCUGCGUUAACAGAUGGUUCUUUGGGCGACAUGAUGUAUUUCCACUCCUACAAGAGACCAGGACUUGUCAUAGAUAUUUUAAGUGAUCUAAGAAGGUUGAAUACAAUGGCAGUUAAAGCUGACAACACAGGAAUGAUAAUCCUCGGUGGAGGCGUUAUCAAACAUCAUAUUUGUAAUGCCAACCUGAUGCGAAAUGGUGCCGACUUUGCCGUAUACGUGAACACGGCUAGUGAAUUUGACGGAAGCGACGCCGGCGCGAGGCCAGAUGAAGCGGUCUCCUGGGGAAAGAUACGACCUAACGCGACUCCUGUCAAACUGUAUGCGGACGCCACACUCGUAUUCCCUCUGCUUGUUGCUCAGACAUUCGCUAAACACCAUUUCAGUAGUAAAAAGAAUGUGUAAA